UCAGUCUCUCUCGCCCUCCUCUCCGGCUCUCUCCCCCUCGCUCUCUUGUCUGGUUUCUGUCCACAGGAGCCAGCCGAGGUCCCGCCGGGUCGAAGGUUCUGCCCCUACACGCCCAGAGUGCCGCAACCCCCGGACGACCGCGUACGAACCUGCCCGCUGCCCUACUGCUGCCGCAUGGACCCGCGUCUCUCCGCCGCCGCCGCCGCCGCCGCGUAGAGGGCGACCCCGACCCGACACUCUUUCUCCGGCCCGAUAAAAAAACGCACAAAAACCCCCCCACACGACGAAGACUGCAGCGUGUCGUGGUCAAGUCGGUCGGCUGGGUCGCUGCUGCUGCUGCCGCUGCUCCUGCCGCUGCUCCUGCCGCUGCUCCUGGGAGACUUCCUGGGCUUCUUGAGCGGCUCUGAAGGAUGACUGCUGCACGGCUCGCUGCUGAAUCCCGGUGAACGAACGGCGUCUCAUGUCCAAACGGCGGAAGGAUGGCUCAUGGCAAAGUGACCAUCACGGUGGACGAGUACAGCUCCAACCCCACACAGGCCUUCACACACUACAACAUCAACCAGAGCCGCUUCCAACCUCCCCACGUCCACAUGGUGGAUCCCAUUCCGUAUGACACUCCCAAGCCAGCGGGACACACCAGGUUCGUGUGUGUGUCUGACACACACUCGCGUACAGACGGCAUCCAGAUGCCCUACGGCGAUGUGCUCUUGCACAUGGGCGACUUCACCGAGCUGGGCUUGCCCUCCGAGGUUAAGAAGUUCAACGACUGGCUAGGUGGCCUUCCAUAUGAAUUUAAAGUGGUGAUCGCCGGGAACCACGAGCUAACCUUUGAUAAGGACUUUAUGGCUGAGCUGGUCAAGCAGGAUUAUUACCGAUUCCCCUCAGUCUCCAAACUCAAACCAGAGGACUUUGACAAUGUCCAGUCGCUCCUCACAAACUGUGUGUACCUGCAGGACUCGGACGUCACCAUAAAGGGAUUCCGGAUAUACGGGACGCCAUGGACUCCGUGGUUUAACGGCUGGGGGUUCAACCUGCCUCGGGGCCAGUCUCUGCUGGAUAAAUGGAACCUCGUCCCCGAAGGCAUCGACAUCCUGAUGACCCACGGACCUCCUCUCGGUUUUCGAGACUGGGUCCCUAAAGAGCUGCAGCGGGUCGGCUGUGUGGAGCUGCUCAACACGGUCCAGAAGAGGGUGCGACCCAAACUUCACGCCUUUGGAGGCAUACAUGAAGGCUAUGGGAUCAUGACAGACGGCUACACGACGUUCAUCAACGCGUCGACCUGCACCGUCAGCUUCCAGCCCACCAACCCCCCCAUCGUGUUUGACCUGCCCAACCCCUCCAGCUCCUGAGACCAGAGGACGAGGGGGGUGGGGAGGGUCACGGGCAGGAUAAACUACUCUUUUUUUUCUAUAAAUAUGUCGAGUUUAAAAAAAAAAAAAAAAAAAAAUUCUAAGUGUUUCUUUGCAAACUUUUGGUCUUCUCUAAGCUGUUGUUGAGGUUGAGAAGAUUCGGAGAAGGGCGGCGGAGGGAGUUUGUCUGGGAGGGUUAAAGGAGAAUAUCGGUGUUUUGGGUUUUUUUUUUUAAAGUUCAUGCCAACAGUGCUGGUUUCCCUCCCAGAGUUUUGUUUCUCUGCAUGCAGUCAGAAUAAAUGCAGACAUCAGGGCUCUGUUUUCCUCCAGAAGAACAAGAAUGUGUUCCAGCGUUGUUCAGUGAGGAAAAACAACUUCCCACAAAGAGCGAGAUUAUCCAUGAAGGAGCAAAAAGAGUGGAGCGUUUUUAUGUCAGCGCUACGUCAUGUCACAUUUGGCUUCCUGUCAGUCACCCGACAGCCACGAGAAGAAAUGGAAACCUCAUCCAGGAAAUAAUCCCUCAAAAAUACGUUGCCUUAGAGCAGAGCACCAGACGAGAGCAUUUUUUUUUUCUUUAUCGUGAAAGGUUUUGGUUUUUUUUGUUUGUUUUUUUUUCAACAUAAUGAGACAACAGAACAGUAAUUUUUUUUUUGGCCAAAGGAAAAUACUAUUUGGUGAUCCUGAAUUGAUUUUUAUUUUUUUUAUUUUUUUUGUGAUCACAAAAUAACUAUUUCAUGAUCACAGGAAAACAAAACGUGAAGAUCAUUUACACGCUUGUCCUCUCUGGCCUUUCAUACCACCUCUCCGUCACGUCUGCGCGUCUUUAGUCUGUGUUUUUGUCAGCUGACAGCAGUUAGUUUGGACAGUUUGUAUUUUAAAAAGUAACAACAAAAAGAAGAAGUGUUAUAAUCUGGAUAGUUACAACAUGGGAUGCAAAAUGAAUUUGGAGGGAAUGUUCAAAUGAGCUACGAGUCUAAUAGACACCGGUAUUCUCCUUUUCAGAGGGAUUCUGUGGUUAAACAAUCUUGCUCUUGAUAAAUAUUGGACAGAUCUGUAAGAUAAAUGAUGCUUUGUGAAUUUGUAUAAUUUCUUUGUUUGGUUUGCAUUGGCCGGACAAUGGAUGCCAUUGUUUUAUGUUGUAUCAUCAGAUAUUCCGCGAGUAGGUUUUCUGUUUUCUUUUCGUUUUUUUUUUUUUUUUUUUUUUUUUUUUUUGUUUGUUUGUUUGUUUUUGUUUGUUCGUUUGUUUUUCUCGUCAGUUCCUCUUUUCAUAUUCGCUGACAGGGACGCUGCCUUAAACUAGCUUUAAUGUUCUCGGCUAGAGCCCCACUCUCUGCGAGCUCAGAGAAAAGUCUUUAUUUAUUACCCAUCAUCCCCCGCAAAAAAACCAGACCUGACUAACGCAGGGACAGAAAGCUGUCGAAUUACAGCCCGUAAAAUUUACUUUGUAAACAUCGCAUUAUGGAUUUCUGAUCUAAUUUGGAAAAUGUAUGUAUAAAAUAUAUAUAUUAUAUAUUCAUGUUGUAAAACAUCCGUACUAAAAGUUGUGUUUGACGAAAAAAGAAAAUCUGGUGCAUUUUUUUUUUUUUCCUGUAUGCACCUGUAUGACUGACAUGUUUCUUCAAGGCUCCCAUCAGGCGCUCUCCAGAGGUUUCUUUAAUGUUUUUUGUAUCGACUCUCCCAGUAGGGUAGACAUUCAUCUUGGAUGAGAGAGGAAAAAUUUGUCAGAGUCACAAUCCAACAGGUGCUGCUUGUUCCCAACAACACACCUGCCUAAACAUUGUUAAGUUGUCCUUUAAAGUGUAAAUCUGAUAGUAUUUGUGUUUUAUUGCUUUUUUUUUUUUUUUCUAAUUUUGCACUGUGUGUAAAUGCAAUCUUGCUAGCACAAAAAAAAAUGUUGCCAAUAGUUGUCUCAACUUUGCCGCUGUAAAUGCUCUUUUCGUGCUCUGUUCCUCUCUCGCUCUCUGAUUGUAUCCCUCUUCAUGGAAAAUGUUAGUUCUCUCUUUCAGUUCAUUGUGAUAUAUUUAGCUGCCUUUAUAUGCAAAUAAAAUUGCAAGAUUUUUACUUAUCAA